GUGGACUUGAAUUCCCAGCCAGCAAGGUUGCCAAGGUAGAGAAACACUGCUGUAGAUAAAUGGAACUCUCAUCUGCUUUCUGCUUAGUGCAAAUUACACUUUCACAGAAGGUUUUUUUUCCCCCCUUCAGAGAAUGCCACUUGAAUGUAGGACUAGCGUGUCCGCGUGCGAGUUCAGGCAGAAAAGACGCCUUGCCGUGAUGAGAGUAUCUUUUUUUUCAGGCAAUGCAAUAGACAGCCUGGCCUGGGAAGGGGAGGGAAAAGGGGAAGAUGGCAGCCUCCUUGAAGCUGAUGCACCGCUGCAGAGGAACGAUCAAUCUCAUGCUGGGCAGGAAUUUAAUGCGAGGGACCCUCAGUUCCUUGUCCCAGGCGGUGGGCUGCAAAUUUUUACACACGACCCCGGAAACCUUGGGUAUCCCUGCUAUUAAAAUCAUUAUGCCUGCUUUAUCACCUACAAUGGAAGAAGGAAAUAUAGUGAAAUGGCUGAAAAAAGAAGGAGAAAUGGUGAAUGUUGGAGAUGCUCUGUGUGAAAUUGAAACAGAUAAAGCAGUGGUUACAAUGGAGUCAAGUGAUGAUGGCAUAUUGGCUAAAAUAAUGAAGGAAGAGGGAAGUAAAAAUGUACGCUUGGGUGCACUAAUUGGUUUGCUAGUGGAAGAAGGACAAGACUGGAAGCAAGUUGAUAUACCAAGUGUCAUCAGUGAUGCACCUUCUAAGUCUGUGACCUCAGCAGCAUCAACGGCCUCUUCUCCAACUCUUUCUGCUACUCUCCCAUUAGUGCAUAAAACAGAAGAUCAUCCUGGAAAAUUACAGUUUCGCUUAAGUCCUGCUGCCCGUAAUAUUUUGGAGACACAUGGACUUGAUGCAAGUCAUUACACACCUUCAGGACCUCGAGGAAUUUUCACAAAAGAGGAUGCCCUCAAGCUUUUAGAGCAGAAACAGAAGCAAAAGCCUAUAGAAGCAAAGCCUGUGGUUUCUUCACUUCCCCCACACCAAGCUGGAAUGCCUUUAUCUGCACCAUCAACAAGCGUGCCCAGCGCUUCACGUCUUCCAGUUCCCCCUGUCUCUGUGCCAGGCCGGCCAUCUUCCAUGAGCCCAUUCACUGAAGUCCCUGCUAGCAACAUUAGAAGAGUUAUUGCUAAGAAACUAACAGAAUCAAAAAACACUGUACCUCAUGCGUAUGCAUCAGCUGAUUGUGACCUUGGUGCUAUACUAAAUCUGAGGCAAGAGCUGGCAAAAGAUGAUGUUAAAGUAUCCAUAAAUGACUUUAUUAUCAAGGCAACUGCAGUUACCCUGAAACAAAUGCCAGAUGUGAAUGUGACCUGGAACGGAGAAGGCCCCCAGCUGCUGCAAUCUAUAGACAUUUCUAUAGUUAUGGCAACAGACCAAGGUUUCAUUACACCUAUCAUAAAGGAUGCUGCAACCAAGGGAAUUCAGGAAAUUGCUGCUUCUGCAGAGGCUCUAGCAAAAAAAGCAAGAGAUGGGAAGUUGCUUCCAGAAGAAUAUCAAGGAGGAUCUUUGAGCAUCUCAGAUCUUGGAAUGUUCGGUAUCAACAGUUUCAUUGGUCUUGUAAUGCCUCCUCAAGCCUGCAUCUUAACCGUGGGACGCGCUCGGGCAGAACUCUCUGUUGUGGAGGAUGAAGAUGGGAAUGAGAAGCUUCAGCAACAUCAGCUCAUAACGAUAACUCUUUCAAGUGAUGGUCGAGUGAUAGAUGAUGAACUAGCCUCUAAAUUUUUAGACACACUUAAGGCAAACCUGGAGAAUCCAGUGCGUCUUGCUUUGUGUUAAAAGGUCAAGAUUUUAUCCUCCUUUUGGCAAAAUAUAUAAAUUGAACUCUAAAGAAGAUAAAAGAAAACUAGGCACGGAAGCUAGGAAGAUAUGUAUAAUGUGACAUGGACAACUUAAACUGCUUAUUUAUUUAAAUAAACUUGAAAAUAUGUCUCAUGAUUUCUACCUCUUGGCUAUUAUAUACUGAAGUAUACUGAAUACUGUUACACAUAUUAAAUCUACAAAACCUGUUCACAGUAAUUUUAGAGUGUAUUCUAAUAUGCAUUGGUAUUGCCUACAUCCCAUGUAGAACUCUUGGGUAAGACUGAAUACUUUAGAUGUAUAAAAAUAGUAAAAGGAAAGACCACCCUUUCCUUCAAGCUAAACUUUUAUCUAGGGUAAAUACAAACUGUCUUUUAAGUCUAACCAGACUGAGAUGGCAACAUGUAAUUAGUCAAAGUUAAUAAUGUUGCUGUUUAAUUUAAAAAAGCAGUUAGAAUAGGAUUCAGCUAUAAGAAUCUGAGUAUACGAAGAAUUAUCUUCAUACAAUUGAUGCAAUGACUCUAAUAAUGAUAAAUAGUUAUGAGAAGUAUUAUAGGUUCAAUUACAUAACAAUUAUUAGUCAAUAUGUAUUGUUGACUGAAAAAUACAUUGUCCUACAUUCUAUUCCUAUUGUUAAACAAGUUUUCUACCUACCGUUCUUGGUAAUACAUAUUGUUGUGACCUUUUGAAAACAGUGCUUUCAAAAUAAAAUCUGUAUUUAGAUGUUUGCAGUGGAACUGGUGGAAUUGGAUUUUCCUCGUGGCGGUGCUUCCAGCCAUAAUUUUGGGACACCGUGUAAAGAAACUUUGCCCAAAUUUCAUGGACCCAUUCUUCUUAACUCUGUAUACAGUAGGCUACAACUUUCAGGCUAAAGGGACUGCUGUCGGGAGCAGAAACUUCAUUUACUCCAGCUUUGUUGCUUGUAUCUAAAUCUGAUUUUAUCUGUACGUUUUCAAGUGCAAAAAUAAUACAAUUGUAAAAGUGCUAAUUAGCAUAUAUCAUGGAAUACUUAAUCCAUUUUGGAUUAUAUUUGGAUGUUUAAAUAUAACUUAUUAUAUCUUGUUUGUAUACACAGAAUUAAAUUUCAGCUUGGCAGUUUAGCAUGGAAAAUACUUUUGCAGUCCAAAUAUAACUUGUCAGAACUCUCACCAUGUGCAUAUUACAAAAGGUGUAUUUAUUUUUGAUAUUCAAGGAACUGCAUAUGGAAUUCAAAAUUUAAUUCAGCUGUGACUUCUAACCUUCACUUCCACCCACAAUGUGGUAUUAUCUAUCACUCCAUUUCUGAUGUCCACUGUAUUUGGAAGUAAGAUCCAUUGACCUUAAUGGGAUUGUUUUCUGAAUAGGUUAAUAAGAUUAAUAAUAAUAAAAUAAUGUAAUUAAUAAUUAAAUAAGAUUGCUUUGCUAUUCACAAUUGCCAGAUCCACUGAAACAUAAUUUCUAAAACAAAGAUUUCAUAAAUCUUUUCAGUGUCUAGCCAUGAGUUUUUUGUGCUUUAUAAUUACAUAAUUACUAAUGAAAUAUAAUCUGUCCUUGCACUACUAAAUUUACCACUAAAUUUAAAUUUUCAGCUCUUAUUGAAGUAGCUUCAUCUUGGCUACCUAACUAAAUUGAGAUAAUAUGCUCCAUUCUGUCUUAAAACUGUACUCUUGUUAAAAUCCAUCCCAGCAACAUUUCUGAUUCAUGGUAGAAUAGAAGAAUUUUCAUGUUACAAUAGUUUAUCGUGGGCUCAGUUUGUUGGUAACUGUACAGUUACCUCUAGGAGUAUUCAGUGCUGCUAGCAAGAUUACAUCUAGCAUAGUUAUGAUUUGAAAAUAGGCUUCCAAAUGAGAGGGAAUCAUCCAUGGUUGCAAGGAAAAAUGAUCAAGCUUAAAAAAAUAACUGCUUAGUAAAGUAGCUUUGCCUCAGUGAAACAUUUUUAACAUUUUAAAAACAUCUUUUUUAACAUUUAUUUUUAAUAGCUGUAUCCUCUUUUCUCUUUAUUGUUUGAAAAAUAAUUUUGAUGAAACCAUAAUAACUGUGGGCAUAUGCAAAAUUCCUUUGUGACCAGGACAAAUUCUUUGAAUAAUCAAGUUACAACCCUGCUCACUAGUUGAUACAGCCUAUGGUCUCAGGCUAUACAGAUUUGUCAUGGCUGUAAAGCUAACGAACUACUUUUAGAAAUAAAAUU